CGGCAGAGGAGGCGUUGGCGCAUCGCACUGGUGCUGCUGCCGCUGACACACACGCACACACACACCGGCUGUCCUGCGCCGACACGGGCCACACAAUCCACCGACACGGUCCGGUCACCAUCUCCAUCGUUCAGGCAGUCCCCCCCCCUCCUCAACCCCUCCUCCUCUGCUGCUUCUUCUUUUCUACAGAGAUCGAAUCACCAGCUUGUCUUGUCGUUGUGAGAAAUGAUCAAGAACGGACAUCACCACCACCAGGGCAACAGCGCGCCAGCCGGGAAAGACGCAGGGACGACCCCCGGCGCUGCAGCGUGCAGUCCCGAGAAGAGGAGGCGAAGGAUCCGGGUGUGGUGCGACGGAUGCUAUGACAUGGUCCAUUAUGGCCACUCCAACCAGCUGCGGCAGGCCAAGGCCAUGGGAGAUUACCUCAUCGUUGGAGUGCACACAGACAGUGAGAUUGCGAAGCACAAGGGCCCGCCCGUCUUCACUCAGGCGGAGAGAUACAAGAUGGUCCGGGCCAUAAAGUGGGUGGAUGAGGUUGUGGAAGGAGCGCCUUACGUCACCACCCUCGGGACCCUCGACAAGUACAACUGUGACUUCUGCGUGCAUGGAGAUGAUAUAACACUCACAGUGGACGGGAAAGACACGUACGAAGAGGUGAAGAAGUCGGGGCGGUACAGGGAGUGCAAGAGAACCCAGGGAGUGUCAACCACAGAUCUGGUCGGCAGGAUGCUGCUGAUGACCAAAGCGCACCACAGCAACAUUGAUAGUUCAGACUAUCAGCAGCACACAGACAACUUUGGAAAGGGGUCACAUGAUCAGAAGGGCCACAGUCCCUGGACGGGGGUGUCUCAGUUCCUGCAGACUUCACAGAAGAUCAUCCAGUUUGCUUCGGGCCAGGAGCCUCAACCCGGAGACACCAUCAUCUACGUGGCGGGAGCCUUCGACCUCUUCCACAUUGGCCAUGUGGACUUCCUGGAAGCUGUGCACAAGCUCGCAGAAAAGCCAUACAUUAUAGUGGGGUUGCACUUCGAUCAGGAGGUGAAUCGCUACAAAGGGAAAAACUACCCCAUCAUGAAUGUCCACGAGAGAACGCUCAGCGUCCUGGCCUGUCGAUAUGUGUCAGAGGUGGUGAUUGGAGCGCCCUUUGCAGUCACAAAAGAUUUGCUUGACCAUUUCAAGGUGGAUCUUGUAUGCCACGGAAAGACAGAAAUAUAUCCUGACAAGGACGGAUCCGACCCUUAUGCUGAGCCAAGGAGGAAAGGAAUCCUGCGCACCGUCGACAGUGGGAACAGCCUCACUACGGAUGCCAUUGUGCAGAGAAUAAUCAAAAACAGGUUGCUAUUUGAAGCAAGAAACCAGAAGAAAGAGGCCAAAGAGAUCGCUGUGAUCCAGGCGAUGAAGCGGAAAGAGGAGGAAAAGACUAAAGAUCGAGCCCAGGCUGUGCUUUAGAAGAAGUCAGCCGAGUGCCGACACGCAAACACUGACGAGCUCAACGAAUCUAAACUCAUGUAUGGUAAUCGACCCUUUUACAAGUGUUAUGACACCCUUCCACAUGCGAUCCUGGCUAAUUAUAGCAGGCCCUUUACGGCAGCCCAUUUAUAGCCGGGGCUGCUGAGCCUGCUGAGAGAUCAUCAGGUAUACAGUGUGUGUGUGUGUGUGUGUGUGCGUGUGUGUGCGUGUGUGUGCGAGUGUGCGCGUGACUGUGUGUCUUCUGCGUGUUAAUAUAUUCUGCAUAUGCAACUACAUGUCCACGUCGGUCAGUCAACAGUCACCCGUACAUACAAACAGAAAGUCUGGACUGAGAAAUAGGGGGGGGAAAAAAACAAGAGAGUAAGGACGACACCGCCACAUCUUCAAAAUGUCUUCAGAUGUUUCAAAUUCCUUUUUUGCCUUCAGAACAACAAAAAAAAAAGAAAAAAAGAAAUGUAUUUUUCAGUAUUAUACCAUGGGAUUCGGGCACAUGAAGGGGGCAAGUGUGGGUCUUUUGUAUAUACUGUAUGUACUGUAUGUAUGUAUUAUAAAGUGAUUUCAGUUUUCUCUGGAGGAUGCUAGAAGAGAGAAUCAGGGCGCCUCUGCCUGCACCACGGACUCUUUUUCGGGCAACCUCAUGUACAUAUCAGACCUCGCUUCUGUCGGACUGCACUGACCACUCAGAAAACCAUCGCUCUCAUUUUCCUUCGGGUAGAGCAGGUUUUUAAACUCUUUAAAAAAAAAAAGCGCACACUGUUGAGACCUGCACGCCCCGGCCUUCUGAGUGCAAUUUCUUUUUUCCUUCUCUUCUUUUUUUUGUUUUGACCAACACUCCUGAAGAUUUAUCCUAACGUAGAGAAACGCGACAGACAGCUUUUAACCUUUAGUAUUGUGUCUCGAGGGAACGCAGACAGAAGCUCGGUGUUGUUGACUCGAUCACGAACUAGACCUCUCACUCAUGAAAUAGACCUCCUACUGUCAUCGAGCCCUGUACUAUUUAACCUGUCUCGAUAUCAAAUGGGAUUAAAUAAUAUAUUUUUUGUAGAUGUAUAUUUUACUCACCUCCUCUCCAUUAACUACUGUAUAAAUGUUUUUUUUUCUUAUUGUUUAAAAAAAAAAGCAUAAUAAUAUGUCUGUAUGUCGAGUUGGAAUGUACUCAGUGUAGGCUAUAAUCUGUAUGUUAUUGACAGAUACUGUAGAAACUGAUCGGACUACAGUAUGCUGCUGCUGAUAAUAAUAAUAAUAAUAACAUUUUAAUCUGAAAAGGCUGUUUGUCAUCUUUUUAAAAUUUCAUUUAAUCUAAUUGAUUCCUUUUUGUAAUUAAGGCUGAACAUGGGUCACAUUAUGAAAGGUAAAGGUCAUGUUUUUUAGACACAGAAAUGCACCUUUGAUCAGAUAAAACGACCUGCGUGUGAUUAUGAAUCAGUCCCACAGAGAGUUCAGUUAAAUGUCAGGCAAUUAAGAGUAGAUUAUUUUAGCAGCAGACCGGUACCCGCCCUGAAGUUGAAGCAAGUUACGUGACUCUUGCGGUAAGUGGCCCAGCACCUCACAGUCGAUGGAGGAAGUUAUUAGUAAUUAACUGACUAAUUCACUCAUUUGAGGUCACACAGUGUCCUUUAAGGGACAUUUUGGAAAAGU